GUCACUCCACUCGUGCGUGUCCUCUGAGAUUUGAACGACGUUGUUUCAUUUAGCUGAUCGUCUGCCGUUAUUCGUUGAUAUUUUUUUUAUCCUCGCAAGUGUUUGUAGAUUUGUUUGGCCUUUCCGAUUCUUCGAAUAUGUCGGACAACGAAAGUAGCUCUUCAUCCGAUGUAGUAGAAGUACCCUGUCACUCGCCGCCCAUACAAUGGCAAUCCGGGCCGACUCAGAAUCCAAGAAUAAGUUUUUACAGCAGUGGAAUGUACGGUGGGGAUGAAAUGGAGCUGGACGACGGCAAUUACUCCGAUUCCACAGCGGAGACCGAAUUCGAGAGUGUCGGCGAAGACAGAUAUGAUAUCCACGGACGUCUACUUCCUCAUAGACGUUACACUAGAGCUGCCUUUGCCCAAAUGUGUCAAGACAAUUCUGAUGCUAACCAAACAAGUGAUGUUCCUGCCGGGAUCCCAGUCUACCAUGUUCCUGCCGGUAUCUCUAUCGACAAUGUCCCUGCCGGGAUCCCUAUCGACAAUGUUCCUGCCGGGAUCGCUAUCGACAAUGUCCCUGCCGGGAUUCCUAUCUACAAUGUUCCUGCCGGGAUCGCUAUCGACAAUGUCCCUGCCGGGAUCCCUAUCUACAAUGUUCCUGCCGGGAUCGCUAUCGACAAUGUCCCUGCCGGGAUCCCUAUCUACAAUGUUCCUGCCGCGAUGCCUAUCGGCAACGCUUCUGCUGCAAACGCAGAUGUGGAUUUGAACAACGACGUUGACAUGGACAUGGACAAUACCGAACCCGAGUUUCAGCCAUCUGUAAACAACUUCGUUGCAGUUAAUGUUGAAAAUGUCGAUCCGUUCGGAGAAUUAUCCACUGCUGUUUUUCAAACUGAAAUACGUCAACGGAAUCCACAAAGUGAAUCAUUUGGAGCUGGAUUUCGAAUACUUCGAAUUAGGAAUCCCAUGUUGAACGGUGAAGACAUUUAUUUCCAUGUCGAAUGGCAAAAAGACGCUUACCAUGGUAUUGAUUUACUUGAAGCUCCUAUUCUUUACUUUAGAUGGCCUCAUGAAACAAUCGACUUUUACGAGAAAUAUUUUGGAGAAAAAUGACUGAUUCAUAACGUACCUACCUGAUUUUUUAAAUUAUAAGCAACUAAU